GGUGUUCCAGUACCUAUGUGCUUUUUUGGUGAUCCUUGCAAGGUAGAAAUUUCGGAAGACGAGGAAACCUAUCGGCAGAGGUAUUGGAUGUGUUCAAAUUUUGCCUGGGAGCCUACGCCCAAACAACGCCGCAGUAACUUUAUUACCCCUCCACCAUUGUGUGAUUUUGAGCAGUGGAUCGACACUGAGGUUAAGGAGUCCGACAAGCGGCUUCUACAAGGCCUAAAGGAGUGGGAUGCAGAGCGUGCAGAGAUAUUAGAGAAGAGACGUAGAGAGGAGGCUCAAAAGAGGGAGCACAAGGAAGAGGAGGAAAGAAGACGUGUUGCUGCGGCUCGGGAGGAGAGGGAAAAGAAGCUUGAGCGUGUGCGCCGAGCGAAGGCAGCUAUUGAUGAGAAUCCAGAUGCCCAGAGGAAGGGAAAGUGGCCUCGUUGCACUCAGUAGUUACAUUACCUUCUUGUUCUUUGUUUGGUUCAUGGACAAUAUUGUUUUGUGUUGGACUUUUCAAUUUGUUGUUAUGUAAUGCACUUUAGCAAUUUUAAUUUGGUUUCAUUAUUAGUAGACAAUAUUUUUAUUUGAGUAUUGCAUAGGCAAUGAAAUGAGGAUAAUUAGUUGAAAUAGAAGUU